GCCUUCUUAUUUGGACGGACGUCCCGCCCUCUGGCUGUUUCCCGGCUGAGGUGGGUCGGUAGUAGCGAUGGCGGCUCUGACUGACGUGCAGCGGUUACAAGCCCGAGUGGAAGAAAUGGAGCACUGGGUGUAUGGGCCGGGCGGGGCGCGCGGCUCGCGGAAGGUGGCUGACGGCCUGGUCAAGGUGCAGGUGGCUUUGGGGAACAUUGCCAGCAAGAGGGAAAGGGUGAAGAUUCUGUACAAAAAGAUUGAAGAUAUGAUCAAGUACCUGGAUCCUGAGUACAUCGACCGCAUUGCCAUACCUGAUGCCUCUAAGCUGCAAUUCAUCUUAGCAGAGGAGCAGUUUAUCCUCUCCCAGGUUUCGCUUCUGGAGCAGGUGAACACCUUGGUGCCCAUGCUGGACAGUGCUCACAUCAAAGCCGUUCCUGAGCAUGCCGCUCGCCUGCAGCGCUUGGCCCAGAUCCACAUUCAGCAGCAGGACCAGUGUGUGGAGAUCACUGAGGAGUCCAAGGCUCUCCUGGAGGAAUACAAUAAGACUACAAUGCUUCUCUCCAAGCAAUUCGUGCAGUGGGAUGAACUACUUUGCCAGCUAGAGGCCACCAAACAAGUGAAGCCAGCAGAGGAGUGACAGCUGCUCCCCAUCCCAGGGUGGGCCUGGGCAGUCAGGCUCCAGGGCUCUAUGCCAACCUGCCUUUGUUAUAAGGCAAAGGAAGCUUUGUAUUUAUUGGAUUCGAGGCCCACCUCUCUGUACUCAGGUGGGGCUCUAAAGUUAGAGAUCAGGUUACCUGAGGUCUGCAAUUUGAAACACCCACCCUCCCCCCCAUGAGUGUUCUUAUUCCGGUGACAAUAAACCAUAGAGAUGACUGGA